CUAGAUGGAACGAAAUGUUUUCGUGUUUUUAAAUAGUUGCAUGGAUAUACAACAAAUUAUAUUCGCAACUCUGUUAACUUAUAAAUAGCGCGUAUUUUGCAAAAUAAUAGCAAUUUAUGCAAAUUUUUAAAAGGAGAUACAAUGGCGUCGAUGCAGGACAGAUUAAAACUUAAGCGUGCAAACUGUGAUGCAUGGACCAUACGAGAACAAUUGUGUCUUGCAUCAAGUGUACUAAAAUCUGGAGAUCAAAAUUGGAUAAGUGUGUCCAGAUCGUUGAAGCCAUUUAUUGAAAAAGAAUCACUAAGACCUCCAGAUUGGUUCUCACAAAAAUCAUGUGCCAUGCAAUAUGCAUCUUUGCUCGAAAAUGCCGAUACACCAAAACGAAAGAAACGGGAAAGUGGCGAAACUACCAGUGAAUCCAUAGUCAGAAGAUUAACACAGGAGAGAAUAACUGAACUGAAUCAAACUCUAGCCUGCCAGAAGGAAGAAUAUUUGCGGCUCAAAGCGGAUAUAAACUUGCUUAAAUCUGGCGCUGUAAGCGAUGAAAAAUUAGAGAAAAUGUGGCUCGAGAUACAACAAGAAGAACGCGAAAUGGAUCAAAAGGCGCGGGCUCACAUGGCAUGGUUGACAAAACGUCAACAGCAACAAAAGCAAGAGAUGAGUUUGUCACCCGCCGUCUCGUCUUCAAUCACAGGUCAAACUCGCAAACAUGCGGAGGGCACGAUGGAAGUGGCGCAGACAGAACUCGCAUCCGAGUCGGCGUCAGAGAACGAUGACGAGAGGAAGACUAAUCGAGGCGGUAGAUCUCCGUUGCUGACAAGUCUGCUGAAAUCUCCCAGUCCUACUACUCAAGCUAUACAGACCUACCCUUCCACUCCUGUCCAAGUGACCUCACCGACUAUCACAAGUUUACUCGGAUCUAAUUCGAAAAUAUUGAAUGCCCAAUUAACACAGAAUGUGUCACCACAGUUGCAACAAUUGGUCUCAACAGCAAUCGCUAGUGCGAACGCAACAUCACCGCCAUCCGUCGGCGCACCCACGCUUUCUAUGCUACUGGAAAUGCCAGCUACCACACAAAGAGGACCUCUACCGAAAUUGCAAACAACCAAUUCUGUAGGGAUUAUAUCUCAGAUACAACAACAGCAAGCAGCCGCGGCUGUAACCGCCAGCACCGAGAUGCACAAAUUUGAGCAAACGAUCCAACCGCAAUCCCAGGUUCGCCAGAUGAAUAUUCAGAAUGAGGUAGUGAACGCGGCAACGGUAACGGUGCCAACAGCGACGACGAUAUCAGCAGCCGUAGUGACGACUUCGGCGCUCACUGCAGUUGUCACCGCACCGACAAAUGUGCCCGUAUCGGAGAAUAUGGUGCAAAUAAUUGAUCACAUAGACGAUGUACUACGCAAGGACAUAAUGGCGGACGUAAUGGACAAGGAUGAGAUAAACGAGAUCAUCGGUGACAUCGAAGAAUUGAUCAAAGAAGAGAUCACUGGCAGUCCGCAGACUCGGGACACGGGCGCCUCGACAAUGACAACGACGACAUCGACGGCAGUUAUCAAUAGUCUCUCAAGCAUGCCCCGUCAAACAGCGGAAAUUCCGAUAGUAGAACCGAAAAUAGAACCGAAACCAGAGCCGAGAGACGUAGACGAGACUGUAUCAUUGUCUGAUUCUCCGCGAAGCGAAAUGGCGAUCGAAGAAAUCGACUCCAGUACUUCGAAUAUCGCCGAAAUCAUUGGAACUGUCGCUAUAGAACCACAAGAACCCAAAAUUAUCGUCACGGAAAUAACGGAAAUCAUAUCUAAUGCACCAGAAGAAAUAAAAUCCGAGCCGAGUACUUGUGAUGACGAAAGGAUAGUUUUGACCGAGGAACUUGUUCCAGAACUAGAAACUAACGAUGAAGAAAAUAGCAAGGAUAUCCCAAUGGAAGAAAAACAACUAGAUAUCGAAAUAAAAUCGAUGGACACCGUGUCCUCAAACGUCGAAGUGAAUGAUUCUAAGCUGCUGGACGAAACAAAGGAAACAAUGGAGGAUACUGUAGUGGCAGCAGAGGUAGAAGAAGAGGACGGCGACAAGGAGGAGGAAACGGAAGUGAUCGCGCAUGAUGACAAGGAGUCAUUGGAGAGUGUCAAAGAGCUGAAGGAGUCUCCAGAAGAUACUGAAGGUAAUGAUAAUGCAAGAUUAGAUCAAUUAGAAAUAUAUUUGGCGAAAAUUACAGGAGAUCAGCAGGACGUACCAUCCACGGAAGUGGUCAGCGUCUCUUCAGAAGUGACAAACGAUUUACCUAGUACCGAAGACACGGAGAAGUCGCAGGAUAUCAGUCUCAUUCUGGAAGAUGAUGAAAGCAGUCAGAGUUCGGAGAAUAAGAAGAAAGCGGUGGCGGAAGAGCAGAUCAUCGAAAACAUGGUCGAAAGCACCGAGUCUUCAGAAUCAUUUAAGGAGGAUUCAAUGGUUCUAAUAAAAGAAAAAACCAUAGUAGAAGAAGUAAAAAAAGAGUCCUCAGUGAAAUCACAGGAAGAAGAGGCCAUCGAGGAAACACUGGAGAUAUAUACGGAUGAAUUUAAAAAGGAGGAAGUCAAGGAUUCCUCGGAAGAUACAACAAGUUCCAUUUUGCAGAACGCAGAAAUUAAGGAGGAAGAAAUCGGUAGCGAGCCAGUUGUUCUCCCAGGAGCUGAGAAUACCUCGCCUGUGGUAAUAGAAGAAGUAAAGAGCAUCAAGAAUGAGCUAAUAGAAAUUGCAAUAGUCGACGCAAACGUGACUAAUAUUGAGAAUAUUGAGAGCGCAGAAGUUAAACCCGAGGAAUCAAAAACCGAAAGCGAAAUAGAUACUACUAAUAGUGCAUUUUGCCCGAAGAGCCCGCUUCCUCCGGAAGAAGACAAAAAGGAAAUAAUUGUAGAGAUAAAACAAGAAAAAGAGGACACCAUGAAGAACAUGGAGGGCGAACAGAACAUAAAGAAGGAAAUAGAAUCCACGGAAGAACACGCGGAAUUGGACGAAGAGGAACCUUCGUUAAGUAAACUGAGUGGCGGACGAGCGAUGAAAACAUACUCCAAGAAGCAAAACAUUACUGUGGAUAGUGAACCGGAGAACGAGAGCACGGGCGAGGGCGCAGAUUAUCGUGCCUGGAAGAAAGCGGUUAUGCUUGUCUACAAUCGUUUGGCCACACACAAAUACGCGUCGGUAUUUCUCAGACCGAUCACGGAGGACCAAGCGCCUGGAUAUCAUUCAGUGAUCUUUCGACCAAUGGAUCUAUCAACUAUCAAGAAAAACAUUGACAACGGCACGAUUAGAUCGACCAUGCACUUUCAGAGGGAUGUCAUGCUUAUGUUUCAGAACGCCAUUAUGUACAACAAACAUGAUACGUUUAUCUAUAAAAUGGCAGUUUCGAUGCAAGAAGAGUGCUUGCAGCAUAUGCAGAUAUUAGUACAAGUAACGGGAGAAGGAUCCUUUCGAAGGGAGACCAGAACUGCUGCAAGCAGUAGCAGCGAGGCAAGCGAAAGCAGCAUUAAACGAAAAAGAAGUCACAUCACUCCGAGUCCUCACGACACCGACAGUCCGCGUUCGAAGAAACGCAGAAAAUCCGAAAACGAUUAGAUUACAUUACAACAAGUUAUAUAAAUGAAAUAUAAAAAUUUGCGUUUGUAUUUCAAACAUAUUGGAGAUGAAGGAAGGUAAUGUGGAAGAGAAAAAAAUAAGAAAUGUUUCAGGCAUUGAGAAGUAUAUUGGUAUCGCCUGUGAUAAUAUAAGCGGUACACGAAACAUGAGAGAAGUUUGUGAUAUAAUUAUUUUAAAUUUAUUAUGAGAUAGAUUUAAUUCUUACUUUAUAAUUAAUUAUAAAGCUACGAUAUUCACGUGAUAACACUAACAGCUAUAA